UUUGCUGGUGAAUGGUCAUCGUGUGGUUGUUAGUAGGUCAAAAUGAGCGUUGGCUUCAUCGGAGCGGGUCAGUUGGCGCAUGCGCUGGUGAAGGGCUUCGCGUUGGCAGGUGUGAUCGCCACGCACAGGAUAACAGCGAGCUCUCCCGACAAAGACCUGCUGACCGUCGCCGGGCUAAGAAAAAUGGGAGCAUCCUUCACGACCAGCAAUAAAGAGACUGUGAAGAAGAGCGAUGUCCUGUUCCUCGCGGUCAAGCCACACAUCAUUCCCUUCGUUCUGGACGAGAUCGGGCCAGACAUCGAGGACCGUCAUCUCAUCGUCUCUUGUGCAGCGGGAGUCACCAUCAGCUCCAUAGAGAAGACCUGUCCCAGUGUGAUCCAGGGCAUGUUCAACUCAAAGGCGCCAAUGGUGGUGGGAGGGUUUCUAGGAAUGGCAGGGAUCAUGAUGGUGGCGCUGGUGUGCAGUGUUGUUCUCAACAGACACAUCCCACAGUCUCACGCAUCAUAUACACCCAGUUCGGAUGAGAAAAAUAUGAUGAUAGAGAUUUUGGAUUCGAGUAAAAAACUGAUUGAGUAA